AUGCAUCCAGUCCUAAAGGCCUUUGUGUGUGGCUCCAUCAGUGGGACUUGCUCCACACUCCUCUUCCAACCCCUUGACCUGCUGAAAACCCGCCUGCAAACUCUGCAGCCUGCUGUGAAUGGGUCCGGUCGUGCUGGGAUGGUAACGCUUCUUUUCAGGGUUGUUCGUACUGAGAGUCUUCUGGGGCUCUGGAAAGGUGUCUCUCCAUCCUUUGCAAGAUGUAUUCCUGGGGUUGGGAUUUACUUCAGCACUUUAUACAUGAUGAAGCAAAAGUUUCUAGUGGACCGUUCACCCACAGCCCUGGAGUCUGUCUUUCUGGGUGCCACUGCACGUGCAGUAUCAGGGAUUUGCAUGUUGCCAGUGACUGUUGUGAAGACCCGAUAUGAGAGUGGAAGAUUUGGCUAUGGGAGUGUAUAUGGAGCUCUGAAGAGUAUCUAUCAGACAGAAGGGGCUCGUGGGAUGUUCAGCGGGCUCACCGCAACGCUGCUGCGGGAUGCACCCUUCUCUGGGAUCUACCUGAUGUUCUACACACAGACCAAAAAAUUCACACCUCAGGACCAGUUGGAUCCAGUGCUCAUGCCCUUGCUGAAUUUUGGCUGUGGGAUCUUUGCAGGAAUCUUGGCCUCACUGGCAACACAGCCUGCUGAUGUCAUCAAAACACACAUGCAGUUGUCCCCCCAAAAGUACCGCAGGACAAGCCAGGCCAUUGCCUUCAUCUACAAGGACUUCGGAUUGGUCGGCUUUUUCCAAGGUGGUGUGCCCCGUGCUCUCAGGCGGACUCUGAUGGCAGCAAUGGCAUGGACAGUGUAUGAACAGAUGAUGGAAAAAAUGGGCUUGAAAUCUUGA